UUCACAAGUGGAAGUCCAUUUUGAUAACACUAUUGUUCCAUGACUUUGUUUUUAUAACCAAGUGUCACGUGAUGUCUUGCGGCUUCGACCACAGUCUUUGAAUAGUGUUGGCAACCUUUAGGUGUUUAGUAGAGGUUUUGCARGAUUUCACGUGCAAUACCGUUUUUUAUAUUGUUAAAGAAUGUUUCUYUAUAGCCGGUUCUAUCACUUAUAAUACACACAUUGUGUAUAUUUUCAAGGAGUGGGACGCCAGGUGAUAUUACAGACCAGCGAUCCAUAACAGCGUCGCUUCUUCAAACGGUAUCCUUCAAACAGCUUAGUCCAUGAUCUCAAAUCUACAGAAAAACCGAAAUCACAUAAAAGUGAAUCUAAAUGAAUAUCUUAUAUCCACUUGGCAUGAUGAGCAUUAUGGAUCAACUCUCCUCCACACCGAACGACAACCCGCCUAUAAAYCAACAAAGGAUUAUAACGCGAAACUUCGAUCCUAAGCUACUGUUCUUGGGUCCAGACGAGAACCCUCUAAAACUAUGCCAGAAACUCUUAGAAACUGUUGUAAACCAUCCUGUAUUUUACACAAGUCGUCCUUCAAUCAGUGUACCAAGUUUAGUACCAAACGCGAUGGAUCAUCUUCCCGCAACGACUAGAAAUCUGCAAGCUGUUACCCUGGGUACCAAAUUCGACUGGCGYRCGAACGAACAAGAAGCUCUAUUCUACGUGACAGACUAUGAUUCUCUUCGAGUAGAAGGUACAAAAACUAGRCGUGAAAUAGGAAUAGAAGACUACAUAGAAGACCAAAAACUUUCACGAGUKAAUCUAUUUGGUGUCAUAUACCAGAGCAAGGAGCCGCUAUGGUUGAGCAGUAUUCACUCAGCUGAAAUAUUCAACUUUAAAAAGCGGCUUGCAGAUGUCCUGCAAAUUCCACAGCACAAAGUAUUUUGGGUUAAGAACGAUAAGCAAACGUUAGAGUUUAUUGAAAAUGUGAUGCGCUACAUUUACCGCMAAAGAAUUGAUAAGGAAUGCGAGGAAAAUGAAAAAAUAGCUCGUGGAGAGAUCAAAAGAACUGAAGAAGAAAAGAAACAUGAACUUCUAGAUCCUGUAACCAUGUGUUAUGGCGACAUUUAUGAUAAAAAUGGAAUUAACCUUUCUGAAGGAGUAUGAAGAUGUUUACCUGGGAGAUCUGACCUCAGCUAUUGGAACCAUCAAAAUAAAUAGAUGAAACAUUCUUCAAUAUAAAGUCAUGUCCAUCUGAAAGAGCAGUUUCUUUUGUAGAACUGAAUAUAUAGUCAGACUUUUGAUAAUGGGUUUUACAUGUUAUUUUGUUAUAGUUAAGAAGCUGUAUUGCAAUCAAUGGCCUUAAUCAGAUAAAGAAAUUAUUUAGUUUUUAGAUGUUUUUCAUAUAUUUUCACCUUCCUUKAUGAAAAGUAARGGUGCUACGGYUUUUGCAUGAGAAACACUAGACUGGUUCKAUUCAUCAUGRUSAWUUUUGCUCAUUAGAAAUGCAGCAAUCCUGGGACAGACCAGACAGAAUUGGUCUC